GAUGAACAAUUAUUGUUUGUGCAUUACAAAUUUAGUCACAUGUUGUUGAUCAGAAAUGUUUCUAGUAUUUGAAAUAAUUUUGUAUUAUUUAUUCUUUUCACUCAAGUAGAAUGUAUUUGUUGAAACACUAUUGUCACCUUUCUCAAUUCAAAUCCUUGUAAUAUCCACAUCUGUUAUUCCUUAUUAAUUACAUGUUACUGAAGUAUUUAUAGAAUUUGAAAUAUUUUUUGUGCAUAAUUUCUUGUUACUCAAGUACAGUGUAUAUCUUGAGACACUCUACAUUCACCUUUCUCAAGUCAAGUGCUUGUGAUAUCCACAUCUGUAUUACCUAAAUUUAUGGAAUAUUCUGUACUUCCAAAAAUUACUGGUUAUAUAAUGAGGACUUCUGAACUUUCCUUAAUACUUCCAAAGAUGACUGCCAAAGGUUACUGAAAGCAUCAAUGUGUAGAAAACAGGACCACUUUUCUCACAGCUACACAUUCAUCCUUUCAUUCAGUUUAAAUUCUACUUUUAUUGUCACUCAAAUCAUUUUUUCAGAUGCUGGUUUGUUUGUUUGGGGCUCAAAUGCAUUUGGACAGCUAGGGACAGGAAGAUUUGGUGGUCAUUUGACCACUCCUGCCAAAUCUCAGUAUUUCACAAAUGAACAAGUUAUCAGUAUAACAGCAGGACUAAGGCAUUCUUUAAUUACUUUGGCUGAUGGAUCUGUGUGGUCUUGGGGAGCAAAUAAGAAGGGACAGCUUGGCAUUGGAAAAACUGGUGGCAAUUGUUCAACUCCUCAACAGGGUUAGUGUAUUUGUUUUGCCUGUCAUGGUAAUUUUGCUGGUGCUGCAUCAUUAUGAA